AUGAGCGAAAGCCAGAAGCUCCUGCAUGAGCACCAUUCAGACAGCGACUCUGAACCCGACUUCGAGCGGCGCCCGAGCCCACGACACCUGUCCCCAUCGCCAGCUUCCUCGAGAGCUGCUUCGGCAUCCCCAGCACUCCCUGGCUCGCGUCCCAAUGGCAACAUAAAGCGGCAGUCUUCAUUUGCGCAGCCUCGGGUAGAUGGCACCCCCAGAACGCCGAAUCGAGUACGAUUCGAAGAGCCAUCGAGGGGUCUCAACGGAGAUGCAGGCGGCGGCGACUGGAUCGAGCUAGAAGGGGAUGACUACAUGGAUGGCAAUGGGAGUGAUGGAAGAGAAAGAGUGCAGAGGUUGCCGCUGCUCACGGGCAUUGAGGCGCCAAGCGUGACGGUUGCUGAAGAAGCUUUCGACCCGGAAGAUCACUUGGAAAGUGCGCGGCCAAGAAGUGGCAUGAAGAGCGCUUUUAUGAACAUGGCGAAUAGCAUAAUAGGCGCUGGCAUCAUCGGACAACCCUACGCUUUCCGCAACGCCGGCCUCGUCACUGGCACCAUUCUCCUCAUUGGACUUACCAUUAUAGUCGAUUGGACCAUCCGCCUGAUUGUCAUAAAUUCAAAGCUCAGCGGCACCGAUUCAUUCCAGGCUACCGUACAGCACUGCUUUGGCAAAUCAGGACUGGUGGCUAUAUCGCUGGCGCAAUGGCUAUUUGCAUUUGGCGGCAUGGUGGCCUUCUGCGUUAUAGUCGGCGAUACCAUACCAAGAGUCAUGAACGCCCUCUUCCCUUCCCUAGCUGACACGCCGUUUCUCUGGCUCCUCACCAAUAGACGAGCCAUCAUGAUCCUGCUCAUUCUCGGCGUCUCGUACCCUCUCUCGCUGUACCGCGACAUUGCAAAGCUUGCCAAAGCCAGCGGUCUCGCGCUAGUCAGCAUGAUCAUUAUCAUUGUGACCAUCAUCACGCAAUCCUUUCGCGUCCCCGCCGAGUCACGAGGGCAAUUGCGUGGGUCCUUGGUCAUCCAUUCCGGCAUCUUUGAAGCCAUUGGCGUGAUAUCCUUUGCCUUUGUGUGCCACCACAACAGUCUCCUCAUCUACGGAUCGCUCCGGAAACCCACCAUCGACCGCUUUUCCCGCGUCACACACUAUAGUACUAGCAUAUCUCUAGUUGCGUGCCUUGCCAUGGCACUAUCGGGCUACCUGACUUUCGGGGACAAGACGCUCGGCAACGUGCUGAACAACUUUCCCAACGAUAACGUAAUGGUCAACAUCGCCCGUAUGUUCUUUGGUUUCAACAUGCUUACCACGUUACCGCUCGAAGCGUUUGUGUGCAGAGAAGUGAUGAACAAUUACUGGUUUCCGGACGAACCGUUCGACCCGAACCGGCACUUGAUCUUUACCACGGCACUGGUUGUGACGGCCUUGACUCUUUCCCUUCUUACUUGCGAUCUCGGCAUCGUGUUUGAGCUCUUCGGCGCCACCUCAGCAUGCGCCCUAGCCUUUAUUCUUCCUCCGUUGUGCUACAUCAAGCUUUCGAAGAAGAGCUCGAAAACCUAUCUGGCCAUGGCUGUUGUAGCAUUUGGAUGCAUUGUCAUGGUCAUCUCGAUUAUCAAGACGACAGAAAAGAUGACAAUGGGCACGGAUGAGCCUGUGCAAUGUAGUUAA